AUCACAAGCGUACAAAACUAAGUCUAAGCAUUUAAAUGGUGUCAACUAUGAUUAAAGAAAGGGUUUUGAAUGGGAAUUUAUUUAAGCCUACGUUGUAAUGCAGUAUUUCUAGCAUGGGAAACAAUUCUUUUUGGUGAGCAGACAAUGCAAAUAUUUAAUAAGCAAUAGGCAAACUUCUUGAUUACAUGUAUUGAGCUAUAAGCAACUUCUUAUUACAACCUCUUAUUAUGUAGUAGAUGAGGUAUUAUAUGGAAUCAAUAAUCAAACAGAGGGAUGGCACUCAAACACAAUCCAGACAAGCAAGAGUUGAAACAUGACUGGUUCAAGUCUUCUCUAACUUUUUUUUUUCUUCCUUUAGAAGUCAGACUGGAGAUACUUGAUGACAUUCUUGUCCAGCAUGAAGGCCUUAGUAAGAACAUCAGGAUUAAUGGGUGGAUUGAUUUGAAAACUGAAUUUUGCAAUUAUGAUUGUGCCUGGAUUCUGGCUACUCAAACCAGAAAAGGCAACAGCAGGAGUUUCCCCUAUGUUGGGCUGGAAGUGAAUCAAACCAAUAGGGAAAACAAAUACAUCUCCCUUGUUCAGCACUUUGGUGAAGAGACGGUUACCAUCCUGAUUAGAUGAGACGAAGCUGACAAAUAGGGUGCCUUCUUGGACUACUAGAAUCUCAGUUCCACGAGGAUGAGUGUGGGGAGGAUUAAGACCACCAUUCAGUGCAAAAUCAAUGUGAACUAGGGAUACACCAAGAGUGUUAAGGCCUGGAAGUUGUUCAACGAAUGCCUGAGUGACAGCAGAUCCAACCGCACUGGAUGUGUUUCCUGGCUUGUCAAACCCUGAAACGAAGAAGUCGCUUGCUACAAGCUUUGGGUCCUUGCAAAACUUCCCAUUGACAAACAGUGCACCAAAGACGUGUUAUUGGAAAGAAUGCCAACCAAAAUAUAUAGUGUAAAUGCCAACCAAAAAAUAUAUAGUACACUUUUUAAUGAAGUUUCUAGAAAAUGCAAUGUCGAAAAAGGAGGACAUGCCACCAGUCUUGGUGUCAUUGAUGGCUACGCAGAAGUCCUGGAGAGGGCUGGGGUCAUCUGCAGAGGCAAAGGAGGAAGCAAGAGCCAAGAGGGCAAAAGCUACAAGGAAAUAAGCACUUUUCAUUGUUAUAAGGCUACUGCCACCUUAAAUUCUUUUAAGUUUCUUUGUGAGGGAUGAGAAGCCUCUCACGGAAACAUGUGUAUUUAUAAGCAUAAGAAUUGAAGUGGUCUGUGGUGUUUUGUCUCUUUCUUCAGGAGGCAGGUGAAAGGUGAAAGACUUACCAAGUCUUUGGUGGUUGUCCAAGUUUUCUUCCUGUACUUACCCCUGUUCAUUACUCUAAGUAAUUAAAUUUUACUUAAUCAAAGUUGAAGCAAAUU